UCCUCCCGGCACGGCCCCCCUCCCGGCACACAGACAGGCCGGGGCGGGGGGCCCCCGAGGCCGGAGCGGCCCGGGCCCCGUCGGGGCGGCCAGGGCGGGGCGAUGCCGGGCGGUGGCAGCGGCGGCCCGGGCUGGGGCCCGUGACCAUGGGUAUCGCGGAGUCCACGCCGGACGAGCUGCCGUCGGACGCCGAGGAGCAGCUGCGCAACGGCGAGCAGCAGUUGGAGCUGAGCGGGCGGCGGCUGCGGCGGCUGCCUAGCGCCGUGUGCGCUCUGAGCCGCCUGCAGAAACUGUAUGUGAGCGGCACCGGACUGCGCGAGCUGCCCGAGGAGAUCGAGGAGCUGCGCGAGCUGCGCAUCCUGGCGCUCGACUUCAACAAGCUGGAGCGCCUGCCCGACGGCCUGUGUCGCCUGCCGCGCCUCACGCGUCUCUACCUGGGAGGCAACCGGCUGCUGGCGCUACCACCCGACUUUGCGCAGCUGCAGAGCCUGCGCUGCCUCUGGAUCGAAGGCAACUUCCUGCGGCGCUUCCCGCGGCCGCUGCUGCGCCUAGUGGCGCUGCAAUCGCUGCAGAUGGGCGAUAACCGGCUGCGCGCGCUGCCCGCGGAGCUGCCGCGCAUGACGGGCUUGCGUGGCCUCUGGCUCUACGGCAACCGCUUCGAAGAGUUCCCGCCCGCGCUGCUGCGCAUGGGCCGGCUGCACAUCCUCGACCUCGACCGCAACCGCCUGGGCGGUUUCCCUGAUCUACACCCGCUGCGCGCGCUGCGAGUUUUCUCUUAUGACCACAACCCGGUCACUGGCCCUCCGCGCGUAGCGGACACCGUUUUCUUAGUUGGUGAGGGCGCCGUCGAGCGCAUGGCUGAGCGCGACGAGCCUAUUCCGCGGCCGCCACCCCGGCGUCCAGUCCGGGCUUUUGAGGAUGAGGAGGAAGAAGACCUGCUCAUAGGAUGCACAGGACCCAGGGCCCUGGGGCCCGCCAGAGACAACCUCCGAGCCUUGGAAGCCCCUCCAGAAUUGGGCACGUGAGCCUCUGCCUUGAGUGAUGGGCUUGGCCACUCUAGAAGGAUGGGCUCUAGGAGGCCGUGGCUGUGUGGAUAUAGGAUGUCGCUGGGCCUCUUACUUGGGACAGUGAAGGACAUCAUUGAGAGAGCAGCCUGGCACAGGCGGGCCUGAGGCUAUCUUCAGACGCUCCUGGGCAGUAAGAAAGACUCCCUGGGCAGACCUCUGGGCAGUUUUCAGACCAAGAAGUCUGGGAUAGAGCCACUGAUGGUACAACAGAUGAGCUGGGUCUCACCUGGAACCAGGGUCACCACUAUCCACAGAAUCAUCCCACUCUGACACUGGAUGCACUGGAUGCCCGGGUGUCUAUUGUUUUCAUCUGGGGUUUGGAUUUCCUAGGCCUACCCUAGCUGUUGCUGGAGCCAUUACCUCUGGGGUGGAGUGUAUAGAGGCAAAACUUCCCCUCGUGUGUUUGUGUGUGUGUGUGUGUGUGUGUGUGUGUGUGUGUGGUGGUGGUGGGAGGUUCUGGCCAGAGGUAGGGAUAGGGACUCUGUCCAGAAGCAGGACACAGAUUGUGGCCUCACACCUUAGCUUCCCUCAGCUCUCUACCCAGUUCCCCCGAUGUCUGUAUGGAGCACAGAAGACAGAGUCUCCAUCGCACCUUUCCUUCUGAUCUCUUCUCCCAGCAUGUGCCGAAAGAUUGCUGGGUAAAGAGAUCUCCCUCUCCUACAGCCUGUGUCCUCAGUUG